AACCGGAGGGGCGCCUCCGAGCCCCCGCUUUUUCCUCGGGAUUUUUUAUUUAUUUUUUUUGCUCCCACUGCGGCAGUCUGGUCGGCGCCUGCGCGAAGGACUGAAUGGUCUAAGGCCACAGGGAAGGAAGAUGGUGGAAAAUUCCCCGUCGCCAUUGCCCGAAAGAGCGAUUUAUGGCUUUGUUCUUUUCUUAAGCUCCCAGUUUGGCUUCAUACUGUAUAUUGUAUGGGCUUUCAUUCCCGAAUCUUGGUUAAACUCCCUAGGCUUGACUUACUGGCCUCAGAAAUACUGGGCCGUUGCGUUGCCUGUCUACCUUCUUAUUGCUGUUGUCUUUGGUUAUGUACUCUUGUUUGGAAUUAACAUGAUGAGUACCUCUCCACUCGACUCCAUUCAUACGAUCACAGAUAACUAUGCUAAAAAUCAACAGUGGAAGAACUACCAAGAAGAUGCCAUCCCAGCAUUAAGAGAUGUUCCCAUCAGUGAAGUAAACAAGAUGUUCUUCCUUGGAGCUCAAGAACUUAACACCCAGAACUGAGCUGUGUGUAAAUAUCCUAACACCAAGCAUGUACAAGUUUGGAGUGAAUAACUUUGAAAAUAAUUAUAUUGGCUGUCCUUUUAAUACCCAAUAUUGACAUGUAAAAACAUGAAAGUUGAUUUCUUAGAUUCAGUUCAAGUAAAAUUGUAAAUAUU